GCUCGUUGAAGCUGCAGUGGCCCGAGUGGGCGGCGAAUGUGAGUGAAAGAGACGGAGAGAGACGUUUGAAUAGUUGCUGAGGCGGAAAUAUAGAAAUUGAGAAACUGUUCAGUAAAACAUAAUAUUUUACAAGACAUUAAUUCCGCAUCAAACUAUCCGUGUUAUUUCCAUUGGGAAGUACAUGCCAGAAAGAAGCGUAGCAAGCCGGUGUUCGCUAGCUAGAGAGGACGCGCGAGGUGAAUCGACUCCCCCUUUCUCUCGGUGCUAACGAGCUAGCCAACAAAACAUUGUAACGUUAGUAAUCCAAUCCCGAUCAACGAACGAUUCUCGAUUGGUGCGUAUCGGAUAUAUCCCGAGUCACUUCAUUGAAUGAGGACUGACCCCCCUCUGCAGGUUGACCAUGGUGCUGACAGGGAAGCGGUCUGAGAAGGGACCAGUGUGUUGGAGGAGAAGGGUGAAGUCUGAGUACAUGAGGCUACGCCAACUCAAACGUUUCAGACGGGCUGAUGAGGUCAAGAGUAUGUUUAACUCUAACCGUCAGAGGAUCCUGGAGCGGACAGACAUCCUGAACGCUGAGUGGAAGACCAGAAGGAUCCAGCCCGUUCACAUCAUGACAUCUGUUAGCUCCUUACGAGGGACCAGAGAGUGCACGGUGGACAGUGGUUUCUCUGAGUUCUCCAAACAGGUGAUACCUCUGAAGACGCUCAACGCUGUAGCCUCUGUCCCUGUCAUGUACUCCUGGUCCCCGCUACAGCAGAACUUCAUGGUAGAAGAUGAAACGGUUCUCCACAACAUCCCUUACAUGGGAGACGAGAUUCUGGACCAAGACGGAACCUUCAUAGAAGAACUCAUCAAGAACUACGAUGGCAAAGUUCACGGAGACAGGGAGUGCGGCUUCAUCAACGAUGAGAUCUUUGUGGAGCUGGUGGGUGCCCUGACCCAGUACAGUGACAACGAUGAUGAGGAUGAUGAUGAAGAAGAGCAGGAGUUUAAGCUUGAGAAGAUGGAGCUCUGUGAGGCGAAGGACCACCUGGCCGAGGACCCCCGAAAGGAACCCCUGAUCAACACUGACAGCCAAGGCAGCAGUGACAGCUCUAAGAAGUUUCCGUCUGAUAAGAUCUUUGAAGCCAUCUCCUCAAUGUUCCCUGAUAAGGGCUCAACAGAGGAACUUCGAGAAAAGUACAAGGAGCUGACAGAGCCCCAGUUGCCUGGUGCGUUGCCUCCAGAGUGUACUCCUAACAUGGACGGUCCCAACGCUCGCUCUGUUCAGCGGGAACAGAGUCUACACUCCUUCCACACACUCUUCUGCCGACGCUGCUUCAAAUACGACUGCUUCCUGCACCGUGAGUCCUUCCAUGCGACUCCUAACACCUAUAAGCGUAAGAACAUGGAGAAUCUGGUGGACAGUAAACCCUGUGGUGACGAGUGCUACAUGUACCUGGUGCAGGAUGGAUUGGUGAGGGAGUAUCCUGACCUCAUGGCAACCGAGAGGUCCAAGACUCCUUCCAAACGCCCAGUGAGCCGUCGCAGGGGACGACCCAUCGGCAACAGCCGGCCCAGUACACCAACAGUCUCCACCGACACCAAAGAUACGGACAGCGAGCGGGAGGGGAAAGAUGACGAUAAUGACGAUGACGAUGAUGAUGAUGAUGACAAGAAGGACGAGACCACCAGCAGUUCAGAGGGUAACUCACGGUGCCAGACUCCAGUGAAGUUGAAGCUGACGUGUGACCCUCAGGUUGUUGAUUGGAGCGGAGCCGAGGCUUCACUCUUUAGGGUUCUCAUCGGAACCUACUACGACAACUACUGCGCUAUAGCACGGCUCAUAGGAACCAAGACCUGCAGACAGGUAUAUGAGUUCAGAGUGAAGGAGUCUAGUAUCAUCGCUCGUGCUCCGGCUGAGGACGAGGACACGCCCCCUCGUAAGAAGAAGAGGAAACACAGGUUGUGGGCCACUCACUGCAGGAAGAUCCAACUGAAGAAAGAUGGUUCAUCCAACCACGUGUAUAACUACCAGCCAUGUGACCACCCCCGCCAGCCCUGUGACUCCUCAUGUCCCUGUGUCACUGCUCAGAACUUCUGUGAGAAGUUCUGCCAGUGCAGCUCAGAGUGUCAGAACCGUUUCCCAGGCUGCAGGUGUAAGGCCCAGUGUAACACUAAACAGUGUCCGUGUUACCUGGCGGUCAGAGAGUGUGACCCUGACCUGUGUCUGACCUGCGGAGCCGCUGAACACUGGGACAGCAAGAACGUCUCCUGUAAAAACUGCUCCAUACAGAGGGGAGCCAAGAAGCACCUGCUCCUAGCUCCGUCUGACGUAGCAGGCUGGGGCAUCUUCAUCAAAGAGCCAGUUCAGAAGAAUGAGUUCAUCUCUGAGUACUGUGGGGAGAUAAUCUCCCAAGAUGAGGCGGAUCGCAGAGGGAAGGUCUACGACAAAUACAUGUGUAGCUUCCUCUUCAACCUCAACAACGAUUUUGUAGUGGAUGCUACUAGGAAAGGAAACAAGAUUCGUUUCGCCAACCAUUCGGUCCACCCCAACUGCUAUGCAAAAGUGAUGAUGGUGAAUGGGGACCACAGGAUAGGGAUCUUUGCUAAGAGAACCAUCCAGACUGGAGAAGAGCUCUUCUUUGACUACCGGUACAGUCAAGCAGAUGCUCUGAAGUAUGUCGGCAUCGAGCGGGAAUCAGAGAUGCCAUGAUCCCCUCUUCUACCUCUAGAUCAAAGGCCUUACACACGCACGCUCUUCACUUCAGGAAACACAAACGACUCAUUGUCGGAAUCCUGGGGUGCUUCAAGAAUUCUGGGAAGUUUAGACCUUUUUUUUCCCACUUUGAAUAUUUUUUUCUACCAACAAAUCUUCCUGUUCAGAGUUAUGUAGGACUCAUUGCUAUGGUCACUAGAACGGUCUUUCCCCAAUUUACAUUUACAUUACAUUUAAGUCAUUUAGCAGACGCUCUUAUCCAGAGCGACUUACAAAUUUACAGCUAACUAACACACAUAAACAGGUCUUAAUAAAUCCACUGCGGGGAUCUCUUGAGCUCUGUUAUGCUUUUUAUACUUGAUCCAAAUCCAUGGACACAUUGACUCAACCAUAACAAGUGGUUGUUGAACAUCUUACUUAGCUCCUGACUACCAGCUAGACUAAAUGCAGGUUAAAAACAUGUGACUGACUUUUUCCCCCUCCCCUAGCCAGUGUCCAAACCCCUUAGCCUCAGACCCCACAGACCCACUCUUGAACGCCCGAACAUUGUUUUGAGACUAUAGCCUGAUAUCUGAGGUGACAGUGUACGAUGCAUGUUGACCAGCAGCACUACCUGUUUUUUUUUCUCUCAGACUUCUGGUUUAUUCCUAAAACUAUAUUCUGUCUUUAAUUUCUUCAAGUUUUGAACAUUUGAUGACCAUUGACCACCUGAGGCAUGCUUUGAUACAAUCUCUAUUCUAGACGGUGCUAACUAAGACGGUGUGAUGUUUUGUAAAUGCCCCCAGGUAUCCACUUCUGCUGUGCCUUGAAUCUCGUCGUUAGAACACUGAAUAGUCACUUGAUUAGAGCCCUUAAGUGUUUUAUUGAUAAAGAUGUAUCCUUAAUCUGGUUAAUGCAUGACGAUGAAAGCUUCCAUGUUUGUAGUCCCGGGAAGACCUCACUGCUACUAUAAUCUAGUGAUGCCUGGUGCUUGUGAAUACUGCAGACUUGAACCAAUACAACCAGCCUUGAAUAAUGUUAAGUAAUGUUCACGUCUUCACCUGCAGUGGGACGAACCGCUCCCAUUUAUCUCCUGUUUUUACAACUAACUUUGUCAACUUUUACCAGCAACUGAGAGAGGGCUCUGUAAAGACCUACAGACAGAUCUAGAUGACUGACGGUUGUGUUUAGAUGGAAGUCAGGAGCUGAUCUCCUUUAAGUAGUUUGUUGCUCAUGUUAGUACAGGGGUGGGGAACUCUAUUGAUUCAAUGUCACAGCUUACACCAGGUCUACAUCGGUCUGACUGGAAAAGCAGCAGAUACAGCAGCUCGAGGAGAAGUAUCUCACCCAUCUGUUUAGGAUGUAUACUUCCUGAGUUGUAGAGCCAGCUGGCGUCCAGUGGGAUUGGACAUUACAGAAUGUUCAUAGAAAUAUAGGCCUACUACAUAGAACAGCGGUGCUUCUGUCAAGGAAUAGGGAAACUGCUCUAUACAAACUAUAUAUUGACUGUGUAAUGUUUCCUCCAGUUGUCUAGCCGGGACCACUACUGUCUGAUUUCCAAGGUGCUGAUUUUUACUGUCUUUACAGGGAGUAUUGUUCAAAGUGAUCCAGAAUAAAAUGAGAAAAUGAAGGUG